AGCAGGACGCAAAAAACUUCUACAAUUUUUUCAACCUCAGAACAAUUCUAACAUGAACUGCUUUAUCAUUUUUAUUCUGAUCAUCUCAGAUGUUGUCAUUUCUCAGUCAGCAUACAGAAAGUUAAGUCUUCAAACUGGAGCAUCUGUUACCAUCCCAUGUCCUUAUGAUAGGAAAUAUUUACAUCAUAAGAAAUACUGGUGCUUUCAUGCUGUUUCAGCAUACAAUUCCUGCAAAAUUCAGGCGUAUGCCAACGAGACACAGGGGAAAGUGACAGUAACUGAUAAUCCAUCUGAGAGUCUCUUUACUGUGACUAUGAAAGAUCUCCAGACAGGAAACACCGGAGGCUACUGGUGUGCUGUAGAGAUAGCAGGACCGACGUAUGAUGUUACAGAAUACCUUUAUAUCACAGUGAAAGCAGCUCCUGAUCUGUCUGUGAGGGAGAGCAGAGUGAGUGGUGAUGAAGGAGGCAGCAUCACAGUUCAGUGUCUCUACAGCGCUGCGUAUCAGAAAACACAGAAGAAGUGGUGCAAAUUUAGAGACAGAAGCUGCAACUCAGUGACGAGGCCUGACACAUCCCAGAAUUCAGCAAUAAUCAUCAGUGAUGAUGGGAAAAGUUCAUUCAGUGUGCAGAUGAGUGGACUGAAGAAGAGUGAUGAUGGCUGGUACUGGUGCAGUGCAGGAGAUCUGGAGGUUCCUGUUCACAUCAGUGUCCGUGAUCCACCUCCAGUUGUGACUACAGUAGUGUCUACAACCACUCACCAUGUCACUACACACACAUCUGUCUCGAAGCACAAUUCAGCAUCUCAAACUGCAGUUUCCAGCAGUGAUGAAACCACAUCUGUCUCGAAGCACAAUUCAGCAGCAUCUGACACUGCGGUGUUUAGCAGCGAUGAAACCAUGUGAGUGUAAACACACCUAAUCUUUCACAGUAAGUGAACAUGCAGCUAUUAUACAUGAUACUUUGGCAGAAGAGCUUCUGUAGGUCUGUAAAUUCAUUACAAUAUUCACUCAGAAAUGUAUCCAUACUUUACACAUGCACACAUACACAUGGGCUGGAUGAUGGCACUAUUCUCCAUUAUUAUUAGGGGUCCAAGCAAGACCGCUAAAAAAAAGAAGAACACUGAGGCCUCGAGACAAAUGUUGUGUCUCAGUUAUUUCCCCAUUUCACUAAACAGGGCACUGAUAAGAAUGUUUAUGUACAUGAGAUAACAUCUUGCAGGUUAUUUUGUCUCCUUUGAUAAAAGUGAACAAGAGAUCAGAUUCACCAGGAUCUUAAAUAUAUGUAUAAAGUCAAAUAUUUCAAGUAGUCAAGCUCUGACUUUCUGACUUUAUCUUUGAUGUUUUAAACAGUUCUGUCUCGAAGCCAAAUACAAGUAAUAUAAAUUGUACAUUUCUGAGAAAACUAGUGCAACUCUUCCUCUAAACACGUUUCUAAUUUAAAUUAUUUCUCACCUAUAUAUAUAUAUAUAUAUAUAUAUAAAAUACACACAGUGCAACCUCGAUACUCGGGGGGUUAUGUUCUAUGACCAUAUAAAAGAAAAAAUUUUGACUCUUGACACUUUUUCAAGGUGAAUUGUACAUGUACUGUACUGUAAACUCAACAAAAAUGGUGAAUUACUUGUCAUGAAUGUUUUAUUUACUACUUUAAAUGAAUAAUACAAUAAUAAAAUAGUUUCAACAUUUUCUUUAUGUAAUUUAUUACUAAAAACUACUAAACAUGUAACUCCGAACUUUCGAGCUAUAAGAUAUUUCCUGAGUUACUUUUAGUCCAGUUCCAAAUGAAAAGUCUGUUGUUGCCAUGCUGGAGUAGGAGGCCUCGUCCCACAAACCAACCAAGCUAGGGACCAGUGCUAUGGCCUCCUUCUAGCAAAAUGUCCCCUGAGAGCCUGUCGCCGCACUUGCGCCCAGUGUGAUCAUUUGACCUACAGAGAAUGGACUACAUGAAAUGUACUACAGAAAUGAGAAUUUUCUUUCUUUCAGGACAAGUGAGGUCUUUCCUGUUUCUUUGUAUUUAUUUAUUUUAUCUAUUUACACAGCACUGAUAGCAAUGUCUUCACCUUGUAAUCAUGAUCAUAACCUUACAUGUGUAGCCUAUGAAUGGUUCUUGCUACAUUGCUGCCCUCCUCACUGCAGCACUGAAUCUGCUACAGUCUGCUUUUAUAUCAGCCUUGACAAAAAUACAUUAGAUUCUUAACAUAAACUUAGUAACAUUAAGAAAUAAGUAUAAAUUAAAUUGUGGACAGUUUGUAAAGAGUUUACUGCAUAAUUAAGGUUUUAGCACAUGCUAAUGGAAUUUACACUGUGACUGAUCCCUGGUGUGUUUAUGUUUCAGAAAUUCAGAGCAGUUUUGCAUUGCAGAACAUUGAAGGAUGUGAUCUUGGUGGCACUGAGAAUUUAAGAAGCUGACACCUUAAAAUUUCUUAAUAAAAAAAACCAAAACAAAAACAACAACAUGAUAAUGUGUGUUAUUCCUGUAUAUUGUAUCUGAUAGAGCACAGUAUUCCUAUCUAUCAAGCACAUUAUUUAUUUUCUCUGUCAGUGGUGAUUCUCUGUCAUAAAACAGAAGAGCGUUCCUUUUCUAAACCAUGUGUUAAUGUUGAAUGAAGUUAAAUAAAUAUUAUUUUGUGUUA